AUGUACAUAUAUCGGAGUUUAAAACAUAAGUUAAAAUCAAUUGGAGGGAAUCCUCGUUCACGAAUAUCUAUCCAAGCUGUUCGACAAUAUAUUUUAUCAAUUUAUAAAGAAAAAAUAGAUCAGAAUAUUUCUGCUCUCCAAAUCCAACAAAUUUUAGUUGAGAGAGGAAUUUGUUCACAAAAAAAUGUGCCAAGUACCCCGAGAAUUAAUCGUCUUUUAAAAACACAAAAACAAAUUUUACAAAAUAAAUUUAAAAAAGAAUCAACAAUUAAUUUUAAAUUAAUUAAAGAAGGGAUUAAUAAUGAGGAAGAAGAACAGCAAAAACAAUUAACUAGACCAUUAAAUCAUUCAAUUGAAAAUAUUCUUGGUGGAUCUAUUAGCAAUAAUUGUAAUGGAAAUAAUUUAAUUGUUGAGUCUAGAGGUGGGGAUUUUAUUAAAAAUUUAAUUUAA